AUGGCUUCUGACUCAAAAAUUGCCCAGCUUAUGGAAAUGGGUUUCUCGCGGGACGAUGCCCUCGGUGCCCUCAAUUCCUCCAACGACAACCUUGAGACGGCCAUUGGGAUCCUUUUCGGGGAACCUGCUUCCAGCGAACGGGCCAUUGUACCUCUAGGCGCUGGCAAUAGUGCCGUGAGUCUCUACCAUGACGAAAAUGUCGACACAGACACCGGAACGGUGACCCACACGGAUGCCCCGCCGCUUCCGCCGCGCCAGACGGAGUUCCAGAUAGACCCGGCAAUCUCCAGCCACCUUUCACAGUACACAGAGCCGCGUAGUGAGUGGAGUAUCUAUGAGGACGAAGCGUAUGACGUGUUGAAUGACGUGAGAAAGUACCAGAAGGAGACGUUUCUUCCGCUGGUGCUCCUUCCAUCCAGCCGCUACUUGGAAGGGUACUUGGCCCCGCUAUUGACAAUCCUCCAGCAGGUGCCCGCGUUCCGCGCCGCCCUCUUCUCGGUGGACUUUGAAACGUACGGCUUUACACCGGACUGGUUCAAAGGAGCAGCUGUGAGGGUACCAGACACCGAAAACCGUUUCACGAUGGAGAUCCAGCGGUGUGUGGCAUUUCUCGAGGGCUCGCGCUGGUUUGCCUCCACUAAAGGUGCCACCAGAGCCUUUCUGCGGCAGCUACUGAUGCUGUUACAGGAUGUGCAGACCCUGGACGAAUUCAUUGACGCGGUAUUGGUUGAGCUAGAGCGAGAGGUGGGGAACAUGGACACAGCAGCGGGGGAGGAGCUUGCUCGGCUCUUCCGUUGCGAAGUCUACGAUGACUCAGAAACGGCCACUACGAGGCAGUUCAAGCUUGACGAUGAUGACAUCAAGCAGAAUCUUUACGAGUCGUUUUUUGCAUUGAUCUGGGGAUACGAACCAGAGCGGAUUGAAACGGUCUACGUUACCCGACUCGGCGAUGUUUUAACGAUUCCGUUGAUCAAGGGCGAACAUUACGCGAACACGGCCCUGGGGAUUCAUCUUGAAGAGCGGUUCUACCCUCAGGUGUUUACCCAGGAGUACCAGGCGUUCAUCUUAGAGUGUGAAGAGGCGCGGGCGACAAGUUUGGAAGCUCGAAAAAAGGUUGCGGAUCAGAUUUCCCGGCUAGAACAGCAUCAGGGAAUCUCCCUGGCGUCGUUCCUUGACUCUGCUGUUAAGUUUCUCGAGACUGAGCAUGAGCAUAAGGCGAUAGACGAGCUCCGCGAGCUCAAAGCAACGACUCAGCUGCGGAUUGCCGAGUUGAGGGAUUCCUCAGCGAGCCUGAACCGCUACGACCGUUUCAGUUACGGCGAGAUUCUCCAGGAUGUCAUGGGCAAUAAUUGCCCCCAGCCUUAUCUCCUCACCGGCGUGAUUGCUUCCUGGGAUCGCUUCUACUACCUCACCAAGCGCAAGGAACCGCCGUACGACCAUCUCUGGGUGGCGGUAGAGUUCAGCCGCCACAGUGGCGCUUCUGAUUUUUCCAUUCAAACGGUGGACUUUGCGACCGUUGCGGAUAGUGCGCGCGAUCCACGUGACGAUGUCACAACAUUGUUCUACGUCAAGAGUGAUGUGUGGGAACUGGAAGAGGCCACAGAGAUCCCGGCUGCGUUGCAAGAGUUUUUGCAGCAGGACUGCGAGACGUUGGAGGAGUCGAUAGCAAAUUUCAACAGUGAUGAUAGCGAGGAGGCAUCCGUGAUCAGUGUGGAGAGUGAGGAGGAAGAUAAACAAGAAUAG